CGCGCCGUUCUCCUGGGCUGAGAGUCGGGGCUCGCGCUGCCAGCGGGAAGAUGGCGACGGAGGGAGUGAGCGGGGAGCCCGGCUCCGGCGGCCGGGGGGAUCCGGCGGCAGCGGCGGCAGCAGCAGCGAAGAGAGAGUUUGAUGUGGACAGUCUCAGCAGAUCGGAACUGAGGAUGCUUCUGAGUGUUCUAGAAGGGGAGCUGGAGGCACGAGAUCUUGUGAUUGAAGCUUUAAGGGCACGGAGGAAGGAGGUUUUUAUCCAGGAACGAUAUGGGAGAUUUAAUCUUAGUGACCCAUUUCUGGCUCUGCAGCGAGACUACGAGGCAGGUGCUGGUGAUAAAGACAAGAAGUCCAUCUGUACCAACCCACUCUCUAUUUUAGAAGCUGUUAUGGCUCACUGCAGAAAAAUGCAAGAGAGAAUGGCAGCUCAAUUGGUUGCUGCAGAAAACAGAGAAAAGAAGUUGGAAAUGGAGAAAUCGCAGUUGCAGGCACUUGAAAUGGAACAUAAGAAGCUAUGUGCUCGUCUUGAGGAGGAGCGCGGCAAGAAUAAACAUGUCGUAUUGAUGCUAGUGAAAGAAUGUAAACAGUUAUCCAGCAGAAUUGUCGAAGAGGCCCAGAAGUUGGAAGACGUCAUGGCAAAAUUUGAGGAGGAAAAGAAGAAAGCCAGAGAACUAGAGCAAUCUCUUGCCAUUGAGAAACAACGGAGCACACAAAUGGAGGCCCAAAUGGAAAAACAGCUUUCUGAGUUCGACACGGAAAGGGAGCAACUGCAUGCCAGGCUUGGCAGAGAGGAAGCACACACGGGUGACCUCAAGGAAGAGAGGGAGAGGAUGAGAAAAAUGAUUGAGCAGCUGAAAAAGGAAAACGACAGUAAGUUGCACCAUUCCCUCCCACGGAGGAACAGAGAUAGAGGUCCUGUUUCUGUCUCGGUUGGGACAGAGGGACCGGCUUUAAGAACUCUUGCCUGCCAGACAGAUGCAGCAUUGAUAGAUGGUGGAACUGAAAGUGUUAGGAAGUUGCCUUUAACUGUACCUAUAAAGCCUUCAGCUAUCAACCCUUUGCUGUCUGGCCACACAAAGAUGAACGUAUGUGCCAAUGCGUCAUUUGUGAAGCCCGUCAUCGACAGGCAUUCUUCCUGUAGUGACCUGCUCCUGUCCCCCUCAACUCCCAUUCUGACUCAAAGCCAAAGCAGAAUUGAGGAGAACGGACCAAGUUCAUCACUCGACUUAACAAGUCUGCCUUCCCCUUUUCCAAAUAGCAUUGCUUCCUCUCCAGGACCCAAUAUAGCACCUCAGAACUACCUGCAAGCUUCAUCUAUGCACUCUCCGCAUUCUCCAUCUGUUGGCACCACUGGACAUCAAGGUCUGAAUCCCCGUGUCCAGGCAGCUAGAUUUAGGUUUCAGACCAACGCUAACGACCAAGACCAAAAUGGAAACACUACCCAAAGCCCUCCAUCGAGAGAUGUGUCGCCCACGAGUCGAGACAACCUAGUUGCCAAGCAACUAGCUCGGAAUACUGUCACCCAGGUCCUUUCAAGAUUUACAAGUCCUCAGGGCGCUGCCCCUGGACGGCCAGGAAUAUCACAUUCAAUAGACGUUGGCACUUAUCCUCCCCCUGUCGGUAGAAUGGGUUUAAAGACUCCCAGUGUGUCGCGAAUUGACAGAGGGAACCCUCCGCCCAUUCCUCCCAAAAAGCCAGGCCUUUCACAAACGCCUUCUCCGCCGCACCCACAGCUUAAAGUAAUUAUGGAUAGUGGUCGCUCCCCUAACGUAGGUGCCAAAACUGAGGGCAAAACCCUAGUUUCUCCUCCUUCCAGUUCACAUCAAGGAAUCAGGGUAAUAAAUGAGGAGGUUAUUUCUAAGUCCUCACCUCAGCUGCCACCAAAGCCAACAAUAGAUAUAUCUGUGGCAUCUGCAGGCUGUGCCAUACCAGCCAUGGCCACGUCUCAGGUGGGUGCCUGGCCUUCCCAAUCCCCUGGACUGAGCCAACCUGCAUGUUCAGAAAGUUCCUUUGUCAUUCCCACCACCAUUGCCUGUAGCUCCUCCAUAAACCCUAUUAGUGCUUCAUCCUGUAGACCAUGUGAUUCAGACAGCCUACUGGUAACAGCAUCAGGCUGGUCUCCCUCCCUAACCCCUUUAUUAAUGAGUGGUGGUCCUGUCCCCCUGGGUGGCAGGCCCACCCUUCUUCACCAAGCUGCUGCCCAGGGAAAUGUCACUUUAUUGUCAAUGCUGCUUAAUGAAGAAGGUCUGGACAUUAAUGAUUCCUGUGAAGAUGGCUAUUCUGCCUUGUAUUCUGCUGCUAUGAAUGGACAUACAGAUUGUGUAAGAUUGCUGCUGACUUCAGAUGCACAAGUUGAUCCUGUUGAUAAAAAUGGCUUUACACCUUUAUGUUCAGCAGUUGCUCAGGGACAUUGCAAAUGUGCAGAAUUAUUAAUCAUGUAUCACGCUGACGUUAAUCAUGCUGCUGAAAGGGGAGAGACACCUCUCUACUUGGCCUGUGGAAAUGGAAAUAAUGAAUGUGUCAAACUCUUGCUGGAAGCUGGAGCAGAUAGAAGUGCAAAAACCUGUGUUGGCUGGACACCAUUUCAUGCUGCUGUAGAUGCUGAUAAUGUGGACUGCCUACGAUUUCUUAUGUACUAUGGAAAGCCAGAAGGUGAAAACUUUCUGAAUGAAGCAGAUGCCAAUUCAUGUAUCUUUGACUUAGAGUGUGAAAACGACAGCAUUAGCCAGAAAGCAAAGCCCACUGUUUCUGCAGAUCUCAUCAAUCACUCUGACAAAGAUGGCUGGACUGCAGCCCAUAUAGCCGCAUCAAAAGGUUUUAAGAGCUGCCUAGAAGUCUUGUGUAGCCAUGGGGGACUGGAGGCCGAAAGGAAAGAUAAAUGCAAUAGAACACUGCAUGAUGUUGCUACCGAUGACUGCAAACAUCUUCUAGAGAAUCUGAAUGCUCUCAAAAUACCUUUACGGAUUGCAGUUAGCCAGGUAGAGCCAUCCUAUUGCGGUGCAGAGGAUCUUGAAAUGGAAAACACCAUCUGUGUGUUAAACAUCCGCAAACAGACAGCCUGGGAUGAUUUUUCAAAAGCAGUGAGUCAGGCGGUGACAAACCAUUUCCAAGCAAUCACUUCUGAUGAAUGGAGGAGCCUAGAAGACUUGACACUUAAUAACACCCCAGAAUCCAGCAUUGGGCUCACUGCAAGCAGUAUAUUAUCCAUCAAGCUGGGUAAUGUUUCAUGGUCAAUAGGCCAGCUGUUUCCCCAGGCACCUUGGGAAUUUUUGAAAAGGAACCAGGUGGAACAUAUACUCAUAUUUUUGCUUGGUCCUCAAGAAGGCUCUCUGCACAGUGUGACGUAUGCAUCUAUGAUCCAUCUUCAGACACUACAGAAUUACCUCAGACUGGUGGAACAGUACCGUAACAUUAUCUUUCACGGUCCAGAAGGAAGUUUGCAAGAUUAUGUGGCAUAUCAGAUAGCCCUCUGUAUGAAGCAUAAGCAACUGGCUGCGGGAUUCUGCUGUGAAAUAGUCAAAGUGAAGAUAGAUGCCGAUUUCUCUAAGGAGCAGCUUGCAGAAUUAUUCAUCAAUAGCGGUUGCCUGAUCCCAGUGAAACAGCCUUCUGUAAGCAACAGAAUCAUUGUAAUUUUGGAGAAUUUGGAGAAAGCUGCAUUAUCAGAAUUACUGGGGGAGUUUCUUCAACCUCUUGAAAACCGUGGCUCUGAUAAUCCCUGCACGGUAAAAAAAGCCAGUGGUGUAUCUGACACUUAUUACUUUCAUGAGAAUUGCUUUCUUAUGGGGACCAUUGCAAAGUCUCGGCUUCAAGGCUCUGACCUGAUGAUUCAGCAACAUUUCCUCUGGGUUCAGCUAAGAUGGGAUGGAGAACCUAUCCACGGCCUCCUGCAAAGGUUCUUGCGAAGGAAGGUUUUAAGUAAGUUCAAAGGAAAAAUGCCUCCUCUGUGCGAUCCAGUGUGCAAGAUAGUAGAGUGGAUUCUUGCAGUCUGGCACCAGCUGAACUCAUGUCUAUCACGGCUUGGUGCACCCGAAGCACUUGUUGGGCCAAAGCAUUUCCUUUCUUGUCCAGUGGUGCCUGGUCACAGCCACACAACAGUGAAGUGGAUGUCCAAAUUAUGGAACGCUGUCAUUGCUCCCCGAGUUCAAGAAGCAAUUCUCUCCAGGGCUUCUCUGAAAAGACCACCUACGCUGGGACAGAUGGCAGUCAAGAAAAGUCCAAGCCAAGGGCAACAGGCUGUGGUGAAAGCUGCACUCAGCAUCCUGUUAAAUAAGGCUGUUCUGCAUGGAUGUCCUCUUCCCAGAGCAGAGCUGGAUCGGUAUAUCGCUGAUUUUAAAGGAGGAAACUUCCCUCUCUCCAUGGUAUCAAAUUACAAGAAUUGUCCCAAGAAAAGAGGGGAAAGCACUGCUUGGAGAAAAGUAAGCACAAGUCCUCGUAAGAAGUCAGGCCACUCAUCAGCCCAGUCCUGGAGUAAAAAAGAAGAAAAUGCAGAAGGUGUCAAAUCAAAGAACAUACUGCAGGGAAAUGGCAACAAAAUGGCCUCUCUAACAAAAAUAAAUCUGGAAGAUGAUCCACUAAGUGUGUUAAACCUGGAACAGAGACUAUCCCUUGGUUCUGAUGAUGAGGUAGACCUUGUGCAGGAGCUUCAAAGUAUUUGUUUAAGCAAAUCAGAAUCUGACAUAAGCAAGAUCGUAGAUUCAAAGGAUGAGUUGAUGAUGAUGAUCAGUACUUCUCAGAAGGAUCCUGUGUUUUCAGCAAACAUCAUUAAUGCAAAUACAUCAGCAUCACAGCAGGAUGAAAAUCCUGGGAUCUGUCCUCUCAGCAGCAGUCAAGCCGUGGAAUGCAGCAACAGUAAAUCAAAAACUGAGUCUUUCAAGAGUGGUGUUUCAAGAGUGAAAUCUUUUCUUCCUGUGCCCAGAAAUAAAGUCAGCCAGUCUUCUCAGAACACUAAACGAAGCAGCAGCAGCAGCAGCAGCAAUACAAGGCAAAUAGAGGCAGUCAAUGACUCGAAAGAAGAAAUUUGGAACAUGCACAAAAAAAUAUAACUUGAAAAAUACAAAUAAAUAUAUCCAUCUACCAUUCAACUUCCCCUUCAGUCUUUGCAUACUCAGUUAUCUUCAAGAACAAAUUGAUUCACAUGUGUAAAUAAUUUUAAAAUGGUUUUCUCAGUUAUAUAAUGUAUCUAUGGGACCACAGUUUAAUUUUUAUGUAAAUAAGCUGUUUAUAAUGAAAAUAUUAGAUUAUAUUGAAUUGAACUUUAGAAGUAGAAAGUGAUAGCUUCAUAACUGAUUUUCUAAUUUGAAAAUGUUUUAUUGUUUAAUUAUAUUCAGGGGUAUCAUCACAGAAAGUGUGUGUGUGUGUGUGU